AGCUCUUGUAUUUUUUUCUUUUCUUUUGAAAAUGCCUCUGACUAUACUGCAAAUGCCUCAAUCUUUUAUUUAAUAACGCAAGAGUUGACUGGUAAAUCUAUGAAUUGCAUAUACAUCCUGAUGCAUUGUCUUUUACUUGCAGGAUUUUCAUUUGAUGUUGCCAUGCCGCCCAAAACCAAAUCCACAUCUGCUGAGAAAGAAAAUUAUUCUCCAAAUGGUAGUUUGUCCCCUGAUUUGAUGUCACAUGCUGAUGACAACAUGUCAGAUAAACUUUUCAGUAAAGGUGAACGUGCCUGCGAAAGUGAAUCAGCAUACACUCAUAGUGAAGACGAAUCAGGAAAAAGUCCAUCUAGCAGUCCAGCAAGACAUACAGCAUUCGAAAGUCCAUCUCGAGAAUAUUCAGAUAACCAUUUCAAAAAGAGCCCCGAAGCAGAUGCGGAAACCCAUAGUUUUGAUGAGCCAUCUUGGGGUACCUUUGACAAUAAUGAUGAUGUAGAUUCUGUGUGGGGUUUCAACCCUAGUAAUCCCAAGGUAAGUUUGGCUCUUUUAGAUGCACAUUUUUGUCCCUCAUUAUACUUGAGAAACUUGGUAAUCAGCACGUGAAAUAUUUGGCUCAUU